AUGCAAUGGACCCGGGACUUGGGAACGCAAUGGACCCGGGAACGCAAUGGACCCGGGACUUGGGAACGCAAUGGACCCGGGACUUGGGAACGCAAUGGACCCGGGAACGCAAUGGACCCGGGACUUGGGAACGCAAUGGACCCGGGACUUGGGAACGCAAUGGACCCGGGAACGCAAUGGACCCGGGACUUGGGAACGCAAUGGACCCGGGACUUGGGAACGCAAUGGACCCGGGAACGCAAUGGACCCGGGACUUGGGAACGCAAUGGACCCGGGACUUGGGAACGCAAUGGACCCGGGAAAAUGGGCUCUGGACUUGGGAACGCAAUGGGCUCUGGACUUGGGAACGCAAUGGGCUCUGGACUUGGGAACGCAAUGGGCUCGGGACUUGGGAACGCAAUGGGCUCGGGACUUGGGAACGCAAUGGGCUCGGGACUUGGGAACGCAAUGGGCUCGGGACUUGGGAACGCAAUGGACUCGGGACUUGGGAACGCAAUGGACUUGGGACUAAAAACAGAAGUAUACUCGCAGAUAAUACAAGCCCUCCCCAGCCCCUGA